CCACAUUCGUGCUGAUGCUGGAAAAUAACAAUCAAUCAAGAGUUUGGGAAGAAAAACGUUUUACUUUGUAGAAAAAACUGGCUUCUUACUUACAGGGACGUAUGUGCAGUAUUAAUUGAGAUUUGAGGAAUAUUAUUUUGUUUAAACUAUACGGUUUACAAACAUAUGGGAGUCCUUGCAUCCAGCUAUGGUGUCCUCAAAGCAAAAACGUAUCCUGCGAUACGUGGAGGAGGGCAGCCUGCUGAAGCUGAAGUCCUACCUUCGGAAGCAUCCGGACACGGAGCUGAAUUUCCAACAUGGCAGGAAGCGUAGGAGCCCCCUCCACCUCGCCUGUGGGCUGAGGAAUGAUGCGGUGCUCAGACUGCUACUGAAGAGAGGCGCGGACGCGCUGCAGAGGGACCGGCGGGGGAACACGGCUCUGCACAUCGCGGCCAGCAUGGCUCUCAAACAUGGCCAGACGGCCUACAACGACCUUGUGAUUCCACUGCAAAAGUAUUGCCCUUUUGCUAUGGAUAUGCCAAACUGUGCUGGAGUCACACCACAGGAUCUGCUGGGGAGGAUGAAGGCAGAGCAGUUGCAUGAUCUACCACAAGAGGGGAGCAGUCAAGCUAAAUUGGACUCAGAAUCUCAAUGGAGGGAGAAGUUACUUGGCGAAUGUCAAGAUGAGUUUUUUGAGACUUAUGGGCAUUAUGAUGAUGACUCUCUCAGAGACGGUGACUCUGAGGAUUUUGGACAGUGGGCAGACCGGAUCUGGCAGGAAUAUCAUGGCAAGCGGAGAGCCGAAGCCCAGCGGCGAAUGGAAUCGAAGGAGCAGACAGUGAGGCGGAGGAGGCGGCCGGAGAACGCGGAGGCGGGGAGGGAGCUGCAGGCACGGCUGGAGCGCGAGCAUGCCGAGUAUGUGGAGCGGGCGGCACGCAAGACCGAGGAGGUGCUGCGGGGGAAGAGGCAGCGGUAUGAGGAGCGCUGUGCGGAGGCAUUGGGGAGCGACGCCCAGGAGGAGCUGGGUUAUGCUGACAUCCCCUGGCCUCUGCCCCACGGCUCCGUGUCAGACAUGGUUGCGGUGCUGGUGCACGGCGCCGAGCGCAGUGACCCCGCCGCCUUCCGCCGGCUGCUGCGCCGCCAGCAGGCCCUCUGGCAUCCUGACAAGUUCAGCCAGCGCUGCGGCGGCCGGCUGCGGGAGGCUGAGCGACAGCGAAUACUGGACACGGUCACUGCGCUGUCGCAGGAGCUCAAUCGGCUGGCACAGAGCGUCAGGUGACCUGGACGCCAGCAGCACUUCCAGCUGUGCACUGACGUCCCUCCCUCUGCGUCCCUCACCUGAUGGCUGAGCUUCUGCAACCCCAACAAAGCUGGGUCACUGGCUGGAGGACGUCGGGUCACUGGCUGGAGGACGUCCGUCCCCUGAGUCA